UCUGCACCGGGGUCGCGUCUGUCAUGGAGGCCGGGAGCCCGGGGGCCGGGGACCCGGAGGGGGAGCUGCUGUUGCGGAGGCUCAGGGAGAGCCGCCGCCGCUUUCAGAGGCGCAUGCAGCAACUGAUCGAGAAGUACAGCCAGCCCUUCGAGGACGACCCCCUGGUGCAGAUGGCCACCCUGACCUACGAGACCCCCCAGGGAUUGAGAAUUUGGGGAGGAAGGCUAAUAAAGGAAAAGAAGAAAAAACCAAUCCAGGACUCCCCUGUGAAGGUGGUUAGCCAGAUAGAGGACCUUGUACAAGCUGGACCCGGAAGCAGCAAGCAUUCGCCUUGUCACCUGCAGGUCCUGAGAACAGAUGCGGACAGCAGUGACGCGUCUGCCUCUUCUGACUCGGAGGAGUCCUUGGCUGGUCCCUUAAUGCCGGCAGUGCCCGGGAGCCCCCUGAAAGACGAGCUGAGGAGGAAGUACCUGGCGCAGGCGGACCUGCUGCUGCGAGGCGCAGAGGACCCGCAGGGUGCGCACAGUGGGAAGGAUAUCCUGGUCAUGUCGGCCCCCGCCUGGGCCCUGCCUGCUGCGCCCGCCCCCGAUCCCUGCCAGGGAGGAUCUGCAGGAAGCCCCAGUGACCCUGCACCGCCAGCAUCUUUCCCCGGAAAUGACAGCAUCUUGCUGGGAACCAGCAGCAACAGCUACUUGAGCAGCCAGUCCUUUGAGGCCGAUGACAUUUGCAACGUGACGAUCAGCGACUUGUACGCAGGCAUGCUGCACUCCAUGAGCCGGCUGCUGAGCACCAAGCCGGGGAGCAUCAUCUCCACCAAGACCUCCAUCGUGCAGCACUGGAAGAGGCCCCCGCGCCGGAGCAGGGUGCCCAUGAGGGAGAUGGGCUGGCACGGCAACCGGCACUUCCGGAGGAACCCCAAGGAGAGGGCUGCACCCAGCUCAGAGCCCGGGAAAGACACGGGCGUGCUGAUAGGCUGCAAGAACUUGUCACACGUUGCUCGCCAUAUGACAGAUUUGAAGUUGAAAAGCGCUUUUCUUCAGGGAAACAAACAUGAGGUCCACAGAUUCGAUCCAACAUGGAAGGAGCUCCAGGUGCCUUCACUGACUCAUGUAGCUGGCAGCCCCAUGCACAGGAAACUUGGGGAUCGCGAGGAUAGACUUAGAGCACUGAUGUGGUUAAUUUCCCCUGUGAAAAUGGUUUCCAGACCAAAACCGCAACAGGGUCUUGGAGAGCACCGAGUUAGGGAGAUUGAAAUCCAGUUCACCAAGCUUCAUCGGGAAUGCCUCCUGUAUCCCAGGAAACAGCUUCCCCUGCCCAGCCCCCCGGGUGCCUGGGCUGUGGAUGUGUACAGAGGGGGUUCUGGAAGCCCAGGUGGCCCCCGGGCCUUAGAGACCCACAGGCUAAGUUUACCUUUCAGCCAAGCAAGAGCUAAAGGGCAAAGUGAGGCCUUUGGGAAUGUGGACAGAUGUGAAGCAAACAGCUGCCCCCGGAGUGACGUCUCUCCUGUCUCAAAGGGCCGCCCCUUCCAGAGCCCUGACCGCCCCUGGCGGACAUCUGACCUUUUGCCCAGAACCAGUUCAAGAAUGCUGAGUGAGGCAGCGUCACCCACCCAGGCUAGUUCAGUACCAAGGACAGGGCCGCUGGGUGGCGGAAGGAGCCACUACAAUGAGAUCAAAGAAAAGUUUGACAAGCUUCAUCAACAGUGUUGCCAGGCCUCACCACGGCAGGCAAAGGCACGUCCGGGCAACACCCGCGCGGAAGUUCGCCAAACAAGAGACUCAGGAACAUCCAGGGUAGAUUUCCUGAGUUUCCAAAAGUUGAAAGCGUCACCCCAGUGGUGCCUACGAAGUCCCUGGGGCACUGCGUGGGCCACCACAGAACACGCUCUGCACCCUACGAAGAGACGCAGGUUGUCAUACCCCGAGGCCAAACCUCAGGACUUUGCAGGAGAGGGGACAGACCCCUCAUGCCCUCCCUGGGAAAAGAAGAGCACAUCUCUCCAGAUGGAAGAGAAAAAUGAUGUUUAUUAAAAAAAUUCAAAGCUAGAACCAAAUAUAUCACCAGGUUAUUUUAGAGCAUUGGCCCUCUUGCUCCGGUUUUAUUGACUUACCUGUCCUGGAGCAAAUCCAGGGAAACACAUUGUCACCGUUCUCUGGUUUAAAAAUUAGGGGAAUGAACUUGCUCAAUGCACAUUUUUAAUGUUCGCUCUUGUAGGCCUCUUUUUCUUCUGUUUUCUUUUUCUAAUUUAGACAGUACCCUCCCCCCCCCACACCUUUCCUGUUGGAGUAUUGUUGGUUUAGGGCGCCCUCAUCACGGAGCCGGACAUUGACGGGGAGAGCACUGUCUUCACG